AUGUGUGUGGGUGUAUAUAAGGUUCACACCUCCUGCCAUUGCAGUCACAUGAGGAGCCUGGAGUGAGACACACCAACUGUGAGCAGCAAGAUUUACCACAACAAGAUGAUUGUAGUGUUGGUGCUGCUGAUGGCAGGGCUGGUCUCCAGCGAUAUAACCUGUCCUGAUGGACAUACAUGUCCAGAUAAUAAUACCUGCUGCCUGACUGAUCAGGGAUAUGCCUGCUGUCCAGCUCCUAAUGCUGUCUGCUGUCCAGGCCAGGAAUACUGCUGUCCACACGGCUACAAAUGUGACCCAAGUAGUCCACAGGGGUGUGUGAAACAGGGGCUGCCAUGGUACGACAUCUUCAUGCCUCUUCAGAAAGCUGUGGAAGAGACUGAGGAAAAGCCCUCCACUUCUGUAGUGGAGUUAUCUGAUGACUCUUCCCCCAUGGUGCAUUGUGACAGCUACUACACCUGCCCUGAUGGUACAACGUGUUGCAGGUCCCCUUAUGGACAUUGGACCUGCUGCCCCUACAAUAUGGGUCAGUGUUGUCGUGACGGCAUCCACUGCUGCCCGCAUGGUUACCACUGUGACAGCACCUCUACCCGCUGCAUGCAGGGAGAACUGAGUAACCGUUCUUCUUCUCCACAGCCCGCCAUGCUAAUCCAAGCCAAACAGAAAGCUGUGGAAGAGACUGAGGAAAAGCCCUCGGCUACUCUAGUGGAGUUAUCCGAUGACUCUUCCCCCAUGGUGCAUUGUGACAGCUCCUACACCUGCCCUGAUGGUACAACAUGUUGCAGGACCCCUUAUGGACGGUGGGCCUGCUGCCCCUACAAUAUGGGUCAGUGUUGUCGUGACGGCAUCCACUGCUGCCCGCAUGGUUACCACUGUGACAGCACCUCUACCCGCUGCACACUGGGAGCACUGAGUAUCCGCUCUUCUUCUCAACAGCCCGCCAUGCUAAUCCAAGAACAGAAAGCUGUGGAAGAGACUGAGGAAAAGCCCUCGGCUACUCUAGUGGAGUUAUCCGGUGACUCUUCCCCCAUGGUGCAUUGUGACAGCUCCUACACCUGCCCUGAUGGUACAACGUGUUGCAGGACCCCUUAUGGACGGUGGGCCUGCUGCCCCUACAAUAUGGGUCAGUGUUGUCGUGACGGCAUCCACUGCUGCCCGCAUGGUUACCACUGUGACAGCACCUCUACCCGCUGCACACUGGGAGCACUGAGUAUCCGCUCUUCUUCUCAACAGCCCGCCAUGCUAAUCCAAGAACAGAAAGCUGUGGAAGAGACUGAGGAAAAGCCCUCGGCUACUGUAGUGGAGUUAUCCGAUGACUCUUCCCCCAUGGUGCAUUGUGACAGCUCCUACACCUGCCCUGAUGGUACAACGUGUUGCAGGACCCCUUAUGGACGGUGGGCCUGCUGCCCCUACAAUAUGGGUCAGUGUUGUCGUGAUGGCAUCCACUGCUGCCCGCAUGGUUACCACUGUGACAGCACCUCUACCCGCUGCAUGCAGGGAGCACUGAGUAUUCGUUCUUCUUCUCCACAGCCCGCCAUGCUAAUGCAAAACAAACAGUACCUUCAGGAGGAUCAGCCUGCUCCGCUGGUUCCCCUAGAGCCAGCUUUAGACAACCAAGUCCAGGAAGGGGUCAUCCGCUGCAACGGUCGCUUCUACUGCCCAGCUGAAUACACCUGCUGUCAGGCACCAACCGGCGAGUGGGGAUGUUGUCCCUAUAAACUGGGUCAGUGCUGUAAGGAUGGGAAGCACUGCUGUGAAUUUGGCUACAACUGUGACUCAGCCUACUCCUCAUGCAAGAAAGGCUACUCAAGGGUUCCAGCUCGCCCCAGGAAAACUGCAUGGUUCCUCUAAAUCUUUGCACUGAUUAUCUGUGAACAGAUAAUGAUUAAAUAAUCAAUUUAAUUAAAAAGAGACAUACACUGACUAUAAUUUUUAACAUGUUUGCACUAUAUUUUGCCUCCUUACAGUUUUUUCUGCUUUUUGUUCAAUAACUGUCAAUUGACUAAUAAAGUUUUCCAAAGUCA